UGACUGUAGAGAGCUGGGCAUUGCGAAUGUGAUAAUUUCAAAACAAUUUUAAAAUGGAUGCACUGUAAUCAAUCGAAAUAUCCAAAUAACGAUUUAAGCAUUUCGGCUAUGUAAUCAACAAAGUGGAAAUCGAUAAGAUGUCACAUUUUGCCGAUAAUUUAUAUUUGAUCGAAUGUCCUCAGAUUCCGGUGUCGUUUAUUUAGCUUAUAAUUUGCACUUCUGGCAGUAUAAACGACUAGAUGGCUGGUGAAUAAGAUACCGCAUUUUGCCGAUAGUUAUUGGUCGGCCGACUAAGAAGUCUAUACGAUUGGUGUCGACGACGUUAAGCAAGCAGAUUUUCAGACAUCUGACUCAAAUAUUGUUUAUUCAGUUUAUAAUUUCCACUAUACUUAGCAGAAUAAUCAGCAAACUGGUUAACAGUCAAAUGAUAAUUCGCAGUUGGAGAAUCUGAUAUUCACAAAUAUUGGAAAAUGACCAUCUCUAUUCCUAUAUCGAUCGUCCUCUUCUUACUCGGCAUAGCAGCCUUUAUAGUACCAUUCCGCAACGGUAUCAUCACGGACCGUUUCAAAGCCAUCAUCGAUAACAGCAUCUUCAGACUUCACUACAGGCUGACCUUCGGAUUCUUGUUUGCAUUCAGCAUCUUUCUGUCCGCCACUACUUUGAUAGAAGAGCCCAUGGACCAGAUAAAUGAUGGAGAUCGGGUUUGGAAGAUGUUGGAAAGUUCUUGCAUGCUCAGCAGCGAAUAUAAUUUAUCAGACAUCGGUCUCGGAAAUGCAUAUGAACGAAGCAUGGGCCUGAACGAAACGAUCUUGGAACGAGAGCCAAGCAUGAUGUAUUUCUAUCAGGUGGUGACAUUAAGCCUCUUUGUCCAGGGUGUGCUGUUCCUCUUGCCUUACAGAUUGUGGCGUGCUCUGGAGAGCGGCAUCACCCAAAAAAUGUUAGAUAUAUACAAUUCGACCCUUAAGAAUGUCGAAAAAGGGAUGGUCACCGGCAGGGAGGGUCUCGUGAAUCGCUUGGCGAAGAUAUUCAACACCAUUCCCGAUGGGUGGUUUUAUAGUUUAAUUAUCGCGGAAGUCCUGAAUUUCAUAAAUGUGGUGGGUCAAAUUUUCUUUAUAAAUUCCUUGUUUAAUGGGCACUUCAUGGGUCAGAAUAUUCCCUGGUAUAGGUCCAACCUUUCUAACUGGGAGGUAGAAUGUAACCAUGCAGUCCACUUGCCCAUGUCAGGCCUUAAAACUAAAUGCUUCUUUGAACGUGAGGUGACCCCUGGAGAUAUGAGGCACAUUGAUGCCGUCUGUAAAUUUCCCAGAACGAGCAUGGAUGAAAAAUUCUAUAUGUUCAUGACAUUCUGGCUCUUGUAUAUCGCGGCGCUAUCUGCCAGCGUGCUGAUUUGUAGGUUUUUCAUCGUCUUUAGUCCUCGCGUUCGAAAAUUCUGGACUCGAUCGAGAGUCCGCCUUACUUACCCAGAGUGCUAUGAGUUCAUUUUCAGAAAAAGUACACUCGCUGAUUGGUUCCUCUUCGACAUGUUGUGCAAAAAUUUUGAGCCUGACGAGUUCAACGAUCUGAUUAAUGAUUUUGCGAAAAAACUCGAAGGGAAAAAGUUUAGGAAGCCAGUUGACAAUUACAUAUGAGUUCACUUUUUUCUCUUCAUUCCGUUUAAAUCGAAAAAGGAGAUGUCGUUUAUGGAUUUGGUGUACUUGAGAGUUUUUCUUUUUCUUUUCUUUUCUCUUUGUCUUUGUCUUUAUAGUGCAAGUAUAAAAUUUAAUCCGAUACGAAUGUAAUUUGUAGCAAAAUAGUUAACACUUUUAACUUUUUAAAAGUCUUUCAUUGACUUAAAUUUUGUUUGAAUCUAUGAAACAUUUUAAAUUAAAAUAAAAUCUUUUUUUUUUUUUUGCAUGACAAUAGAAAAAUUUAUUAAAAAUAAAAAUUUUAUCUAGAUUAUUUUUUUAUUUGAUAUUAUCUUUAUGGAGAGAAUGGUGAAUAACAUUGAAAUACUGUAAACUCUACAUUUACCGGAAUAUAUAGAAUGUAUUAAAAAAUGAGCCGAAAUGAUGAAAAUUCAUCAAAAUAUGAGAUGCGUAUUGUGCAAAAUUUAAAAAAAAUUUGAAAUUCUGCUGCAUUUCAAAAAACUGACAAAAAAACUUUUUAAAACCAGAUUCGGUUCAAUCUUAUCUCUUUUUAAUCAAAAAUGUAAAUGGUAAUAUAAAAUGGUUUAAAAAAUUUUCUGUAAAUUAAAUAAUACAUAUUUACAUUACGUGUUACAUAUUUCAUCUAUCGGUGUUUUUUUUUUUUUUUUUUCCGUAUGCAAAGUGUGCAUAGGAGUAAUGUUCUAAUAGUCAAAAAAUUCGACCUCUAGAUUUUGAAGAAUCUUCAUGUUUCAGACUAUCCUGGAUUCGAAAAACACACCUUUGGAAUUUUGCCUGUUGGUAAGCAAAAUAACUCAAAGUCAGAUGGAGUCAAAGCUUAUGUCUUAACAUUCAAUUUGUAGAAUUCUCUCAAAAUUUGAACAAAAUCCAUUGAAGGGGAAUCUGUCUGUUUUUUCCAUAUGCAUGUGAAUAUGAUGAUUCAAGCAGCGGGAGUGAUCUUCCCAAACCUUUGUCGCAUAUUCUAUAAUAAAGGUGAAUUUGCGUUCUAUCCGAACCGACUGAAACCACAAUUUGGUGCAGGACUGGAGUUAUACUCUCAAAAUCACGUACCAAAUUCGAUCAUUGCCUACGACCGACAGACGCUCUAUUCCUUUUUCGAUUUGGCUCAGAAAUUAGAUAGCUGUCUGCACUAUGGAUGUUAAAUCUGUAUACCAUUUUUUAUUUAUCUAGCUCUUUUUGUUUUAUAAUUCUCUUAACUUAAUUUAAUCAACUUAAAUUUGAACAGCCGGGCAGACUGAAUUCCUCUUAAUGGACUUUGACGGGAAUCUAGAAAUUUGGAGUAAAAAUCAUAUGCCAAAUUUCAUCCAUCUAGCUGACACCGGUUUUGAGUUAUCUUUGAUAUAGACGGAUAGAUAGACAGAAAGCCAAAAAAAAAAAAUGUAUUUUUCGAACUCAGAGAACUCUGAAAUGAAAAGAUUCGUUAAAAUCUCAGGUUCGUAUUUUUAACGAUUACAAGACCUUCUUUAUACCUCAUUUAGGAGAAAGUAAAAACGCAAAGAACUGCGUGGAUUCAAUUCCAAUGAAAAUGCAUCAUCAGAAUAGUAAAUGUGUAAAUUUUAUUAUAAAGACCCAUUUUUGGUCUCUAAAUUCACGUGUGUUUUUACACAAUUUUCCAAAAACGCAAAUUUGGUAUGUGACCAAAAUGGUAGAUACGUGCCAAAAUAGGAUCUAAUCGGCGUAAAGAAAGGCAUCCAAGAGGCAUUUUUAUUUCACUAUAUUCAAAGCUCAGAAUGCGUCAUACACCCAGUAGUCGAUGGCACUCAUGCUUGUGGGCAAACGUAACCUUCGAGGGUUUGCCAAUUUCUUCCUUAUAAUUCCCUCGCUAUACGUUUAGGGGUGCAGAGGAGUAUAGAAACUUUAAAGAAAAUUCUGUAUUUUGUAAGGUGUCAGUGGACUUUGAAAAAAACAUCACUUGAUCUAGAUUACAAUUUAAUUAUACUAACGAUCUAUUUAGUUUUUUUUUUUUUUUUUCCCUAUUAGUUUGUGCCUUGUAAUGCUGCUCCCUCAUCAAACACAGAAGAACAAUACUAGAGUUGUCACUUGUCACUCUACAAUACCAAAACUAAAAUCAAUAAACAAGACAGAAGUUUCAAUUUUACGAUUUUUGUUUUAUUAAGAACCAAUGAAACGAGACUUUAUUGUACUUUGAAUCUAAGAUGCAAUGUAAAUGAAACAGCAUUUUAAAUCAAGAACGAAGUAAUAUGGUUUUAUUGAAUAUUGCCAAGCACUUCCAAACAUUUGUAAUAAAUUCCUACAUUCAGACUUACAACAUGUAUAAAAAAAAGUUGUUUCGAGUUAGUUGAAUUUUUUAAUGUAUGAUUAUUUUAAUAUCAAAGCUCAAUUUUUGUUAUUAUAACGUAUGAAUCGAUAUUUGUAUUUGUUGAUGUAAUGAGGGUACGAAUUGAUGAUGUAUUUAUGGAAGCAUUUGUUUUCUAUGUAAGAAUGUUUUCUAACUUUUAAAUAAUUGGAAUCAAAUUUGAAAUAAAUAAAAAUGAACAAAAAUUUAAUUGGAAAAUAUUGUAUUAAAACAGUAUACAGAAUACUGCAUUCUUCAUUAGCCCAUAAUCAAUUUCUGAACCACUGUUAGACAUUAGAAAAAGGCUUACAUUUCCAAUGUGAAAAAUGCUCUAAAUGAAAAAAAUAAUUAUAUUUGAAUGAAUGAGUAAGUAACGAUGAAUGAGUAAGUACUGAAAAAGUAACGAUAUUCUGAAUUCUUAUGCAAUUUCUUUCAAUUUCUAUUCAUCAUGUUAUCCUUGGCACAUUAACAUUUUAAACAAAAAUAUUUCAUACUUCUUCGGCUAAAAGUGACCAAGUUAUGAAGCUUUAUAUGUAAGAAUAUAUAUCUAAACAUAUAUAUUUAAAAAUAUAAGAAUGUCAUUUCGAAGGAAAAAAAAAGAUGAGACUGUAUAUAAGUAUGAAAUGUAUUUUGAAUUUGAAUGUGAAAAAUUUUGCUCAAAUGCGAAUUAUCUAAACUACAUUUGUACCUGUAUUUUAUAUUUCUUUUUUGAUAGUUUUAUAUUAUUAAUUUUUUAUAUGUAUUGUGUUUAUUUUGUGAAAGAAUAAAACUCAUAAAUGCUGA